AGUUACCACCAGAGAGGAGAAGAGAAAUCGGGAAGAGAGAGAGAGGGAAAGAAAGAAGCAAGGGCUGGCGAUGGGGUUCGUGAUGGAGUUUGCGGAGAACCUGAUACUGCGGCUGAUGGAGGAUCCGAAGAAGAGGGACGAGAAGCAGCGGGAACACAUCUACGCUAUGAGGGAGCAGUGCGACAAGACCAAAGCCAACUGGAACCUCCCCAUCCGCCCCUACGGCUUCUGGACCUUCGAUCGCUUCAACGCCCAGCUCUUCCGGGACGCCCAAAUCAGCCAGGUCCCCGGCCGCCGCGACCCCUACGACGACCUCCUCCUCAACCAGCAGUUCCCACCGCCCCCUAAAUCCACUAAUUGAUGAUGGAUCAGGAUCAUCCACCCACCCAUCCAUCCAUCCAUCCGUCGUAUUUUCUUGUCUUCUGUUGCGGAGAUGUGGUAGAAGCCAGUGUAAGGUGAUGCAGCAUGGAUAACGCAUAAGUCAUGCUUCAUGUAUGCAUUUAAAUGUUGCUAUGGUGUCAUGAGAACCUACCUGAUCAUGAUAACUCUGAUUUGGUUUCUGGGUGUUUUCUGAACUGUUGUUGAUCUUGAAUUGGUGUUCAAAUAUUAUCUCCAAAUAAAAAACUAGUGAAUUGACUGUGUUGCACCA